AUGCGUAACACAGCUUGACAGAGCGCGGAGGAAAAAUCCGCGAGAAGGUGGUGGGAGAACAUGGCGGUGCUGGGCCAGAGUUUGCAAUCUUUUUGACUAAGCUCAUCGAGUAACUGUUCGGGUCAUGGCGUCACACUCAACUAAGUCUUUCCUGGCAGAUGCCGGCUAUGGCGAACAGGAGUUGGAUGCUAACUCUGCCCUUAUGGAAUUAGACAAAGGUCUGAGAUCCGGCAAACUUGGUGAGCAAUGUGAAGCGGUUGUUCGCUUCCCCAGGCUGUUUCAGAAGUAUCCAUUCCCUAUCCUCAUCAAUUCUGCUUUCCUCAAGUUAGCCGAUGUUUUCCGAGUUGGAAACAAUUUCCUGAGGCUCUGUGUGCUUAAAGUUACUCAACAAAGUGAGAAGCAUUUGGAGAAGAUUCUAAAUGUGGAUGAAUUUGUGAAGAGAAUUUUCUCUGUGAUUCAUAGUAAUGACCCUGUAGCAAGAGCCAUCACACUCAGGAUGUUGGGAAGUCUGGCAUCAAUAAUUCCUGAGAGAAAGAAUGCUCAUCAUAGUAUUCGUCAGAGUCUGGAUUCACAUGAUAAUGUAGAAGUUGAAGCUGCUGUUUUUGCUGCUGCAAACUUCUCUGCACAAUCGAAGGAUUUUGCUGUAGGAAUAUGUAACAAAAUCAGUGAAAUGAUUCAAGGCUUGACCACACCAGUGGACUUGAAGCUGAAGCUGAUUCCCAUCCUACAGCACAUGCACCACGAUGCCAUCCUAGCUUCCAGUGCUCGUCAGCUUUUACAGCAGCUGGUCACCUCCUAUCCUUCCACCAAAAUGGUGAUUGUUUCUUUGCACACUUUUACUCUGCUUGCAGCUUCAUCUUUGGUGGAUACGCCAAAGCAGAUUCAGCUUCUCUUGCAGUAUUUGAAGAAUGACCCGAGGAAAGCAGUAAAGAGACUUGCUAUUCAAGAUCUGAAAUUACUUGCCAAUAAAACACCACAUACUUGGAAUAGGGAAAACAUUCAGGCACUCUGUGAAUGUGCCCUCCAGACUCCCUAUGACAGCUUAAAACUGGGCAUGUUGUCUGUACUUUCCACCCUCUCAGGGACCAUUGCUGUCAAACAUUACUUCAGCAUAGCUUCAGGAAAUGUGGACUCCUCUCCCAGAUCCUCUGAUUUAGUCAGAUUAGCCCAAGAGUGUUGUUACCAUAAUAACCGGGGCAUUGCAGCUCAUGGAGUCAGAGUCCUAACCAAUAUAACCGUCUCUUGUCAAGAAAAAGACCUUUUGGCACUGGAACAAGAUGCUGUUUUUGGCCUGGAAUCCCUUCUGGUACUUUGUAGUCAGGAUGAUAGUCCAGGUGCUCAAGCCACUUUAAAGGUGAAAGUGAGUUUGGCCACUGUGAUUUUUGUCGCCAGUCAGAAAGCCCUAUCUGCUGAAGUGAAGACAGUAAUUAAGCAGCAGCUUGAAAGUGUCUCCAAUGGGUGGACUGUGUAUCGCAUUGCCAGACAGGCGUCCAGAAUGGGUAAUCAUGACAUGGCCAGAGAGCUUUAUCAGAGUUUGCUGACUCAGGUUGCAUCAGAACAUUUCUACUUCUGGCUGAAUAGUUUGAAGGAGUUCUCACAUGCAGAGCAGUGUCUCACCGGGUUGCAAGAGGAGAAUUACAGUUCAGCACUUUCUUGCAUUGCUGAGUGUUUAAAAUUCUACCACAAAGGAAUUGCGUCCUUAACAGCUGCCAGCACACCACUGAAUCCCCUGAGUUUUCAGUGUGAAUUUGUAAAACUCAGGAUUGACCUUCUACAAGCCUUCUCUCAACUUAUCUGUACUUGUAAUAGCCUAAAGACAAGCCCCCCACCUGCAAUCGCCACAACAAUUGCCAUGACCUUAGGCAAUGACCUUCAGAGGUGUGGUCGCAUCUCCAAUCAGCAGCAGAGCUGUUUGCUGAUAUCUCACGCAAUAGAAGCUCUGAUUUUGGAUCCAGAGUCCGCAAGUUUCCAGGAAUAUGGAUCUACUGGAGCAGCCCAUGCUGAUAGUGAAUAUGAGAGAAGAAUGAUGUCUGUAUAUAAUCAUGUCUUGGAGGAGGUGGAAUCACUCAGUCGGAAAUAUACCCCUGUUUCUUAUAUGCACACAGCAUGCCUCUGCAAUGCCAUCAUCGCUUUGCUGAAAGUUCCUCUUUCAUUUCAGAGAUAUUUUUUCCAGAAACUGCAGUCUACCAGCAUUAAGCUUGCUCUGUCACCAUCCCCGCGGAACCCUGCCGAGCCCAUCGCUGUCCAGAAUAACCAGCAGCUGGCGCUGAAGGUAGAGGGAGUGGUUCAGCACGGCUCUAAACCAGGACUCUUUCGCAAAAUUCAGUCGGUCUGUCUGAAUGUUUCUUCCACGCUACAAAGUAAAUCUGGACAAGACUAUAAGAUACCCAUUGACAAUAUGACCAAUGAGAUGGAGCAGAGGGUUGAGCCUCAUAAUGAUUACUUUAGUACUCAAUUUCUGUUGAACUUUGCCAUCCUUGGAACACACAACAUUACAGUGGAAUCGUCAGUGAAAGACGCCAAUGGUAUCGUAUGGAGGACUGGUCCCAGAACUACCAUAUUUGUCAAAUCCCUGGAGGACCCUUAUUCGCAGCAAAUUCGCCUACAGCAGCAGCAAGCCCAGCAACCAUUACAACAGCAGCAGCAGCGAAACGCCUACACGCGCUUUUAGCCACACGACGAAUGCUCUACAGACUUGACAGGGAUUGAUCAAAUUGUCAAAAAUAAUUUGCUUUUUCAUACGAUUCAGAUACAAAAGUUAUAAUGUGGAGUCCAUUUACUCAUUGGUUUCUGCAGUGUAAUACUCUGAAAAAUGAUUUUUUUCUUAAAAACUUCAUUUGAGAAAUAAUUGGGUUCCUAACCAGAAAUAUUUUUUUCCUUGUUUCUUUAACCAAGUUCUUUAUCUCAUAUUUAACAUUUUCAUUUUUUUGUUACUAUUUUUACUGUUGCUGAGCCUUUUCUUUUUCUUUCAAGAAAAGUCACAUAUUGGGAUCACUGAAUUCGUGAAUUUGACUGUUUCUCUACCUAAAUGUAUCAUUUACUGCUGACACACACCUCUGAUUCUGAGCUAUUCUUUGGAAAGCUCUGACCAGUAGGUGCAGGGUUCACCCAUGUAGUAGGAACGGAGCCCUCCCAUAGAUGGACCUGGAAGUGUCCCCUGACACGUCUGUCUUCUGAAUUGAGAGCAGGCAGUCUGACAGAACUGAAACAUCCUGCUAUAUUAUUUCAACCACCUACCUAUCUGUUCUGUGCUAAAGCAAUCUUAAUUUAUUGUUUUAGUAUUUAAUUGACCCGAAGAGCAGCUAACAAUUACAUAGAAAGAUUGGAGAUUAACAGUUUGGUUUUUUCUAAUGUGUGUGAUUGUAUAUACAUUGUACAUUGUUUCAAAGAGUGAAAAAAAUCACUCACUUUUAAUAUCUUAAUGUGUUAAGGUAGAAGGGUAGCUCUUGUCCUUUGAUUAGUUUAGUUUCUUCUUGGCGAGUUCUGUAAUGCUGGACUUGAUUGUCCUUAAAGAACAGUCUCUUUAUAACACAACCUCAAUUAGUUGGGAUGCUCAGGGAAUAGAAGUUUUCUGGUUAGCCAGGAAACCCCUUUUUUUCAAUACUGGUUGAAAACCAUUAUAAAAUCUAAUAAUAAUAUACUUUCUUAACACAGUGUACAAGACAUAAUUUAACUGUUCUUUCUUGGUUUCCGGUCAGUCAGUGCUUCAGGGUCAUGGUUUGUAAACACCAGGAGUCACAGGAUUGUAGAUAUUAACGUGGACACUUGGGCUGGAAGCAGUUCCUAACGUGAAGCAGGCACAUUCCUUGGAAGUUUCUUUUUUAAAUAAAUCUCUCAAUUUCAUUGCUUA